AUCUCCCCCAGGUCGCGCAAGAUGACUACCUCCCGGCGCUGCUGUCAAUCGGUCAUUCGCUGCAGUACAACUGCCAGUGGAUGCGCCAAUGGAUCAAGACGAGCUUUCUCACGCGUCGCGCCGCAGCAAAAGGACGCUCUACCGGAAUACUACGAAAGUUCCUCGCCCGAGCUUGACGCCGUCCUCACCAAGAUCAACUCCAAGAUUCUAUUUCCGCAGCACCUGAACCAUGAGCAACGGCUACUGGUCUACAAGAAAAAGAACAUCCCACGGCUCACGAACGAGCCUCUAUUCGCACAAAUAGGGUCCGUCGAUCAGCAGCUUGAGCCCCUAGAUGUCAGGAAAGAUGUGCCAAAUCAAUGGGAAAUGAUCAAGCAGGCCGUGGAGCUCUCCAAGGAACAGGACGACUGGGAGAACCUGGUGAAGAUGCUGGAGGGUUUCCACAGAGCCGGGAUCGACGUCAAGACCAGCCGUAUGCUGAAGAUAAUACGGCGUGCCAAUGAGGCGGGUAUGCAGCAUAUUGUGCUCUCCGCUCUGCAGCAGGCCGAGCACACAGGCGUUUCUCUGCGGAGGCCCGCCAUCCUGGAGGCUGUUCUGGGGAGCAUACACGAGAAAGCCUCGUCCUCGGGCUUCGAUUCUGCAAGCACGAAGAAGGCCCUCUCGCUCGCCGAGCAAGUCAUCGAGUUGUUGGAACUACCUGCUCACAAAUCCAAAGGCAGGAUGGAGUUCGGAGACCCACGAGCAAGUCCUUUGGUAAUUUCAGUCCCGCUGGAACUCGCAGCAUCGCGAGUGGCAUUCCAUCCUGACGGGAAAGACGAGGAUGGCAAGGUUGCCACAUACGCUGCUCGAUUAAUGGCGGCCUUUAAGCAAGAAGGCUACUCCGAGAAGAUACACCCCGGCUUGUUGGCGAAAGAGCUUCCAAACGUUGAGGAGUUCAGCAAACUUCCUAAAAACAAAGCUGCAAGAAGGGAGCGUCGGUAUGUGAUCGGUCACAAGAUCGUUCAAUGGAUUCCUGUAUGGAACGCCUUAAAACAAUCUUCCGCUGUCCUGGGUAAAGACAUGCCAGAUUUAGAAUUGGCGAAGACGAUAAUGGGGAUGAUCGAGGAGAGGCUGAAAGGAUCCGCUGAGGUGAUUCGCAAGUACUCCGACGCGCCGGAACCAGAAAAAACCCCUUCUCUGGUGAGAAUGAAAGAGGUUGACCUUUAGUAUGGGAAACUAGGUGUGUAUAUAACUGUAAAAUAUGACAUUAAAAGAUGAAUUACCUGGUGCCAGUCCUUAUGCGCAUCAUGGUCCAUGUCUCGGUUUCCUAAUUAGUCCC